AUGAAGGAGGAACUAUUUUUCCCUCAGAACAUUUCAAAAAAUGAAAAGUCUCAAUUUGUCCGUCAAGCUGAUCCCAGGCUUCGCGUUAUUCUGUUUGUGAGACUACUUCUCUUAGUGGGCUUCAUCUUCGUGCUGCUUUGUUUGUUUAAUUGCCCGUUACUUUGGGUAUGUCGCCACUUCUUCUGCCUUAGCGAGAAAGUUCUUUACUUCUCGUUCAUUCAGUAUUGAUAUCGAGAAGGGCACCUUCCUGAAGGAUGGUGCGCCCUUCCGUUAUGUUUCCGGCAGUCUGCAUUACUUCAGAAUCCCAAAGAUUUACUGGAUGGAUAGACUUCUCAAGGCCAAGGCUGCCGGACUGAACGUUAUCCAAAUGUAAGUAUGUUCCCUCCGAAACUAGAUGACAUUAUCUUAUCUCUUCCCCCUAUUUUAAUAACUCGGAUGGUUGAUCCGUUAUAAUACCGCUUUGUUUGAUUGUUAAGUUUCUUCUGACUAGAAAUAACUGAGUGAACCUGAAUUGGCCUUUAUCAAAUUAUUACCGGGUUUAUGAAGAAACGUUGUCCUGAAGCACUAUGGCGUAGCGUAAUUUGAAUUUUUGUCUGCUGUAAUCGAAUUACAGUCCGUCAUUUCUAAAUGCGAAGUGCUGACUCGCAGCGUUUCAUAAGGGGUCAUUUUUACAAGGACGGCUUCCCACUCCGAUUAUCGACUCCGAGCCAGACUCGGUAAUAUGGUCGUGCUGAUAGGGACUGUCAUUGUAUCAGCCAGGUAUAUAGGUUACUUUUUUCAAUUGCAGAGGACCCACGUGGAAACUCUUGCAUGAGCUUUACACCUAAGUGUUGGGCUUGAUCCUUUGAAGUGUUACGAAAGGUUUGAUCCACACAGAACAGAUGAUUUCGAAGUCUUAAAGCCCCUCAUUUUUAUUGGACCCAUUUGAAUAAGAAGUCUGAAAGGCGGUCUUUAACCCAAAGUUACAAAUGGCUAAGGAGGGAGUAGAUGCUGUCUAAAUCAGAGUAGGAAGUUGUGAAACAAAGUGAGGCCUGACGGUCAGUGACCUAGGAUAAGACCUUUUCUAAGGUUUGGGAGGUAUACUGCCCUCCUCGGCGUUGUUCCCACCAAAAUCAUGGCACCUUUAGGAUCCUCGUCUGUCUAGCCACCUCUUCUUAUCUCAUCGAUGCACAAUUAAGUAAUCGAGGCAUAAUCACGUUUGAACAUCUUAGAUGGGGUGAUAUUUCUCUUUAUACACGGAAACACCAGUUAAACCCGGAGAUGCUUUCUCAAUGCCGAUUGCCAAAGACCGCUGUUUUAAAUGCACCUCGGACCAUGUGAAAUCUGCUUGUGCAGUGUUUACUCUUCAGAUCGGCAAAGUUGAGAUAUCCGGGUUGAUUAUUUGAAGAUGAAGAUAGGCCCUGCGGGCACUUCACUGAAGAACAUGAUAAACCUUGGCACCAAGAGAAACGGAACUCUGAGGACCUCCCUAACUCAACUCUUGCGCCGUCAACCACAGACUUGAUAAUUGAGAUAGAUAGUGCUGUCUAGAAAACAAUCUCCUCAUACCUCCUCUAAGCCAUCUUGCUAGAUUUAUACUGAUUCGAAGGCUCUUAUCCACAACCAUUGAACAAGAUUCUUUAUUCCUAGGUAUCUCGCUAUACGCCCAGUCACCCUUCUAAGUGCGUAUAAACACUAACCAGACUACUUUUGUCGGGAGACCCGUAGAUGUGACCCAUCAUCUGUCUCUACUUUCUCAAAACUUCCUGCCAGUUAGUUGCAAAUUCUCGUUUACAUUUAGAUAUAUUCCAUGGAAUUUCCACGAGCCCGCCCCCGGGGAGUAUAUAUUCUAUGGGGAUCGUGAUGUAGUUGAGUUUAUCUCAAUGGCACAUGAAGUCGGGUUGUUGGUUCUUGUUCGCGCCGGGCCCUACAUAUGUGCCGAGUGGGAUUUUGUAAGUUAUCGCGUUUUAUUCCGCUUUGCACAGAACGGGCCUCUAAAGUUGUCCUCUGCCUCAUAAUUAAUGCAUCUCUUUGUUUCUUGGAUGUUUUUAUUGGGAAGGUCUACUACAAUAAACUCGGCCGAAUGGUCAGCCUUUAGGACCUUUUGAAUUAACUCUUUCAGCCUUUUGUUCUGCAUAACCAGUUGUCUUUAUGCCCGCUCCGUUGAGCAUGCUUCGACACUUGAACUGACCACCAUUUAACCAGUUUAUCUGUCAACUAAAAGUCAUCCCCACAUACAUCAAGCUGUCACACUCACUUUCAACACGUCACUCCCCGGAUCACACCUUAAUUUGAUGCCUUUUCAUAGGGUGGAUUACCUGCGUGGCUGUUGUCAGUCAACCCCAACAUGAAGCUUCGUUCCUUCGAUCCAGGUAAAUUUCCCGCCAUAAUCAGAAUUUCGUGCUCACUUGCGACGUAGCUGCCCACUAACUUUUACGUGCGAGAGACGGACCAUUUUUGAACCUGUCGUCCUUUUACGCACAAGCUUUCCAGCACUUAAACGAUUUAAUACUACUCGGCCAAAUAGUUUUUAAUCCCGGUCCACCCCUCCACUACUAUUUUUCUUCCCUUUCUCCCCCUAACAGACAGGAAACCCAUAAAUUUACCUGUGCACUUUGACUCAAAUCUGUCUUUGUCAACGUGAACUAUCUAUGUGUACAGCAUCCUGGCAAGGAGCACUUGGCAUUUUGUCGUGCUUUGACUAACGCCUGCCCUAUCCAGAGCCUAAAGUGUUACCACCUUCUCGUUUGCGGUGGUCUCGGCCCAAGAACGGGACCCGACAUGAGUUAUUUCACUAGAAAAGGGUGUGCCCCAGUUAUUUUAAUUCCAGCAGACAUAAACGAUGCAGACGAUCAUUAAUCAGCUUUCCUAUAAAUCCAUGUCGGCUUCUGAACGUGCUGGUUUGUAGUGCUGUCUCAAUUUAAAGAGUUGUGCCCCGUGUUUGAACUGCACUGGCCGCUGGUAAACAGUAGAGGGUACAAAGAGUGUGAGAGGCGUCACUAAAGCCCUUUGCUCCCGAAUAAAAUGAGUUAUUCAAAUCUGCCAAAAACUUUCAGGCACUAAAACGCGUAUAUUUUUCUGGGAGUUCAGUCAGUUACCCAAAGAUCCAAUUUCUACUCUCAAAAACUUAAGCCUACCAAGUGUGAAUGCCUCCCUGUGCAUGGCUAAAGCACGCGUCAGCCGGAAGUUUUACACCACUGCGGCCCAUUCCAUAAUUUCCAGCCUGGUUGACUCGGGCUUACCGCUGACACGCGGUGGAAGCGGACUUACUCUACUAUCCCCCGUCUGACAAUCUGGCUGAAACGGACCGUCAUUAGGGCCCUUACGACGCCUUACACCUGGGUCAGAUCCGUGUACGGUGAGGUGCGACCCACGUGCGUGUAGGGGUCACCACGUGUGUAACACGCGUAGUCGCGCCUUCAGCCUCGUCCGCCACUUAGUCCACGCCAGCCUCCGGUCGUCUUCGAGGAGGGGUGAGUGCGCGAAGAGGGGGAUAGAAACCAAUGCCACGCAGUUCUUCGCUAUAAUUCAUCCAAAACUCACAACCUUACCCUCGAGGUGAUGGCGGUCAUCAUGGCUUGCGAUGGAUAUACCACAGGGCUGGAGCCAGAGAUGCUUGGCGGUGUUUUUAAUCCCCCUUUUCCUUCAGUACAAAUCAGUCUAGUGCAAGCUUCUUGCUCUACAUAAUUUUUGGUCCACAAUAUGCCUUCCAGAGUACCUGGGACCAGUUAUUCGUUGGUUCCAACAGCUGUUUCCGCGACUUCACCCAUACCUGUAUGAGAACGGAGGUCCAAUUAUCAUGAUACAGGUAAGGUCGUUGGCUGUCUGAAGUUAACCUUGAAGUACUUUUAAACCAUUACAACUUUAUUUUUAACGAUUAUUUAAUUUUAGGCGUCUAACGUCUUUUCUUUGACAAUACUCUACUUCAAAAUCCUACAGGAAUAAGUCAGUAGCUUUACACCGGUGUUUUUGAAUGGGUCGGUGCAAUUGCAUAACUUUGAUACAGAAGCCAUACGGAACUCAUCUGUCGAUCUGCGUUCACACCAGCCCCACAAACAAGUCCUGAAUGUACAUCCGAGUGAUUUUAUAAAGUCAGCCUCUAUCUUGCCAGUAGGAGGGGGCAGUUGCUUGGCACCAGAGUUGUCAGUGAAUAGCAGCGUGGUCGUAUUUCAAGUUCUCACCUAGCAUACGUUUACCUCCGUCAUGUUGGGUUCCGAGAUGAUGCCUACCUAAUAGAACAGGGCAUUUUUCUAAUGCAGACUCUCAUACAGGUAAAACUUUUGGCUAAGAAUGUACAUAAGUCAGUCCUAAUGGUCCCCAGGCGCAUAAAGAAGUUUUUCGACACCGGUUUGCUGAUAGGAGCGCCAUCCGCAAGCAGACCUGUGCGUAGCUUAUCGACUCGAUACUAUGCCCUUGGGCCUCUAAAGUGUUUGUAAUGUGUUUUCGACAACUAGCUGACUGCAACUUAUGCGGUAAACGCAGUUAAAUUAAUUUUCUUAGCCAAAGAGGUUCGUGAAACUACCACAUAUGUACUGAACAGUAGGGGCUGCCAUUUUUUUACCCAGUAAUGUCCUUAGACAUGAUGUGCAUAUUCAGACAUCUACUUCCCUACCUUGUCAUUGGCCGACUUGAUCUUCCCCCCCCCCCUCCCCCACCUGUUCGACAUUGAAAUCCUCUAUACUGCACACGUACUAAGCUAAUAGGUCGGACUUCUAGAGGAGUAGAGAUCUCGACUUCCUAGUCCAGUAUCUCGAGACUAAACGAAGCCCUUGGCGCAUUCACACGUCCCGCGCACUUAACUCUAUUUGUCACGUGACAUUCUGACCGCUCAAGUGCGCGCUCCGGACUCAUUUUCGUCGUACGCGCCCGCUACCAUCUUACGGUCCGCAAUGAUGCUGCAACGCCCAGAAAUUCUAUUUGGUCUUAUCCCAGGAGACCACUUCAAAUUAACUGCUAUUGUCGGUUGGCCUUCGCGCUUAGUCGAAGUGAUCUAGGUGAAAACUAGUUCCCCUCCUUACAUCCUUUUUUUUCAGUUGGAGAAUGAAUAUGGGUCCUACGUAACCUGUGAUCAGGAUUACUUGUCAACGCUUUACGAGUUUGCGCGCUACCAACUUGGUCCAAACGUUAUACUCUACACUACCGAUGGUCCGUCCAUGACUGAUCUCAAGUGUGGGUCUUCUGACCGUCGUCUAUUCACAACUAUUGACUUCAACGUCGCCCAAGGUAGCUUGAUCAACUUUUUCACCCUGGACUUUUUGUAUAUCAUAAAACUUCCAAACAUCCCCCAGGGAGACCGUUCUUUCGUCUCGUAA